AUGAUUUUCAUCUUUUCUCUUUUUGUUGAAAAAGUUCCGGUUGAAAAUAUUAGAGGAAUUUCUCCUAAUACAAAGUCUCAAUACUUGAGAUCACUAAAAUGGACGAAAGGAGUCUUUCAAUGCUUUGAUAAAUCAAAAACAAUUCCGAUCGAAAGAGUUAACGAUGGAUAUUGCGAUUGCCUUGAUGGUUCUGAUGAACCAGGUACUAACGCAUGUGGAACAGGUCUCUUUUACUGCAGAAAUCGAGGAUCUUAUCCGAAAGAAAUUCCAAAAUGGCUUGUUGGUGAUGGUGUUUGCGAUUGCUGUGAUGGAAGCGAUGAAGCUGGAAAUCCAAACGCAGAAUGCGAAGAUAUUUGUGGAUCAUUGGCAAAGAAAUCAGAUCAAUUAAAGAAAUCUCUCAGGAAUAUCACAAACAUUGGAGAAAGAUUACGCCAAAAAUACAGUGACCGUGGUAGAACAGAACUUUCUGUUAGAAGACAUCAGCUUCAAUACGUUAAAUCAGCCAAAGAAAACAUUUUCUCAGCAUUAUCAUAUGUUGAACGAAUUCACUACGAAAUAAUGAAAGGUGGAGAUUACCAAGGUCUAAUGGUUGGCUUGAGAAAUUCAUUAAAUGAACUCCAACACAAUUUCGAUGAUAAUUUACAAGAUGAGUUCAAUAUCCGCAAACAAGGGCGUAAGAUUAAAACAGAAGAUCCACAUCGUGGUAAAUUCAACCUCAAGAAGAGAGCACAGCGUAAUUUUAAUGUAGAAAAUGCGAUUAUUUACCUCAAAGAUUUCAGUUUAGUCUUUGAAAAUAUCGAGCAAGCAUACAACAUCUGCAGGACCUUCCAAGAUUCCUACCAAAUUGGCCAAGAUCCACCAGAUUUCAACAAUCAGUUCAAUAAACUCAAUUCCAUUACUUCGAAGAUCGAAAACUCUACUCAAAAAGUGAUCGAUGAUAUGAAUCUCGACUUCGGAAUGGAUAAAGAAUACUUGCCACUUUAUAAACAGUGGUAUUACUUCGAGAAAGACGAUUGGUAUGUUAUUUUCCAUCCCUACGACAAUGUUACUAAGUACAGUUCCAAGGAUGGCCACCAAAUUUGGGAUUUCGGACAUUAUAAUUAUACAAAGACUCUUCGUUGGUAUUUCUCAGGCGGAAGUACUUGUAAACACAAUAGGCCUGGCUCUGAUAUGGAAAUUAGGUUGCAUUGCAGACUGAAAGACGAAAUCUUAAAUGUCCAUGAAUACGAGGAUUGUCACUCAAGACUUGACUUCGGAACACCAGCUGCUUGUUCCUCUGAAUACACCCAUCAGAUAAAUCAGAUGUCUGCUGAAACUCUCGAUGAAUGGGCAAGAGAAGCUGGUUUGAUCAAAUAA